GCGAAACCGAGAGGAGCCACCACAACAAAACUUCUCCCAACAAUCAAGCAAGUGGAACUAAAGCCUGUUCCUUUUCUCUCUCUCUCUCUCUCUGCCCGCAUGGCUGCUGAGCUCCUGCAGAGAUUCUAACUUCAGAGUAAAGUUGUGGAGGCGCAGAGGAAGAGGAGGGUCUCCGCUUGGGAAGAAGAAGAUGGACCGUUUAAUAAGGACCAGGUCGCGCAGGAGAAUACCAAUAUUUGUUUUAAUCCUGCUUCACGUGACGACAACACAAGCUGCUGAUCCCAUUGAUGUUCUGGAAGUGCUGGAGCUGUCAGAGAACAUGGAGGGGGUUUCCUUAGAAUCCGGUCUCUGCACCAGCAGGAGGGGCGUGGAGGAUUCGGACCUGGCCUUCAAGAUAGACAAAAAGAUCCAGCUCAGUGCUCCCACCAAACAACUCUUCCCUGAUUCCACCAAAUUUCCUGAGAAUUUCUCUGUGAUGACUACAUUGCGAGCUAAAAAGGACUCCCAGUUCUUCCUGCUCUCAGUGUAUGAUGACCAGGGGGUGCAGCAGCUGGGGCUCGAAGUGGGCCGUUCGCCCGUCUUCUUGUAUGAGGACCAGCAUGGGCAGCCCACGCCAGAAAUGUAUCCCACCUUCAAGAAGGUCAACCUGGCUGAUGGAAAUUGGCACCGGAUAGCCUACAGCGUGCAGGACAAGUCUGUGACCCUCUACCUGGACUGUCAGAGGGUAGAGACCCUGGAUCUGCUGCGAGGGGACGCCGCCGUCGUCAGCACAGAGGGCGUCACAGUGUUUGGGACACGGCUGCUGGACCAAGAAGUAUUUGAGGGAGACAUUCAGCAACUACUGAUUCUGAACGACCCCCAGGCCGCUGCCGACUACUGUGUAGACUACAUACCAGACUGUGACUCUGCUUUGCCCUACAUCAGCCAAUCCCUGGUCGUGCAGGAGACCUCCAAACUUGGGUCUGAUGCCCUGCUGCAAAGUGACCAGCUCGAGGAUGAACCAAAGAAGCGCUCCAAAAAGGACAGGAAAGGCAAAAAGAACAAAAAGAAGAGGGACAAGGGCUCUAAAGGCAAAGGCAAAGGCAAGGGCAAGGGCAAAGGCAAGGGCAGGAAGGGAUCCAGAAAGAAAAAACAUGACGAGGAGGGUGUUGAGGACGGCUUCCUCAGAGUGUCCACAACGCUGCCCGAGUAUCUGUCCCAAGAACCUUUUCAGCCCACAGAGUUGCCAGAAAUUAAGAAGAGCACCUCAGAAACCGUCGUCCCGACUGAAGUCUUCGACAAGACCCUCAUGGAGAUGCCCACACAUGAACCAGACUCUACACUUGAGGCCCCCACUGUGGUGCCCAGUGCAUUGCAAUCAAAGGUUACUAAGGAGGAGGACAAGCCAGUGAAGGAGCCAGUGAUGGAGGAGCAUGGUGACCUUUACGGAGACCUCUAUGAUGAUCUCUCAGUUUCCACGGUAACAGUGGGCCCGAAUGUUACCGACUACGAGAUUCACGACUAUGAAGAUUACAAGAAUGACACGGAGUCAGAGUAUGAAGAGUACGAGACAUACGAGGAGGGCUUUGAAUUUGCAGAGCGGGAAAGAGCAGGGACGUGGGAAGGAGAAGAGGCUGGCCUCAGAGCAGAGAAGGGCCAGAAGGGAGAGCAAGCCAUUAUUGAGCCGGGUACAUUACUGGAAGGACCCCCAGGUCUACCAGGGUCACAGGGACUCGCUGGCCCAGUUGGACCAAAAGGCCCUCCAGGACCCAGGGGAGAUCUUGGUGAAUUGGGUCCCCCAGGACGUCCUGGUCUUGCUGGGGUUGAUGGGAUUCCAGGUCCUCCAGGAACCAUGUUGAUGCUACCGUACCGGCAUGGAGGUGAUUCCCAGAAGGGACCAGUGGUGACUCCUCAGGAGGCGCAAGCACAGGCAAUCCUGCAGCAGACCCAGCUGGCUAUGAAGGGACCUCCAGGUCCGCUGGGUCUCACAGGGCGAUCAGGCCCAGUGGGUCUUCCAGGUUCCUCUGGGUUCAAAGGAAACAGCGGAGAAAAUGGCCCUCCUGGACUACAUGGGUUGCAAGGCCCUCUGGGAAUUAAUGGAAAGCCAGGAAAGAGGGGGCAUUCGGGAGUCGACGGAGGUCGUGGAGCUCCGGGUGAAACAGGCUCUAAGGGUGACAGGGGUUUUGACGGCCUGCCAGGUCUCCCGGGAAACAAGGGACACAGAGGGGACAGAGGAAAGCCGGGUCCUCAUGGGCCUGUCGGAGAGUCAGGAGAAAGGGGAUCUGAUGGACCUGUGGGGCCAAGAGGGCAAUCAGGCGAAGCCGGUACUCGGGGUCUUGUCGGGCCAAGGGGGCCACCUGGCCCACCUGGCCAGACGGGUAUUGGUGGAACUGAUGGAGGACAAGGGUCUAAGGGCAACCAGGGUCAAGGUGGAGAGAAUGGGGCCCCAGGUCAGCAGGGAAAUCCAGGAGUACAGGGCUUGCCUGGUCCUCAGGGUGCCAUUGGACUGCCAGGAGAGAAGGGUCCCGGGGGGAAAACAGGCAUGCUGGGACUGCCAGGCAUUGACGGCCCUACCGGUCACCCAGGAAGAGAGGGCCCCGCGGGAGAGAAAGGCAUUCAAGGUUUACCAGGCACUCUGGGGCCUGUUGGCUACCCAGGGAUCCGUGGAGUCAAGGGAGCAGAUGGAGUUAGGGGUCUAAAGGGGAGCAAAGGAGAGAAGGGAGAAGAUGGCUUCCCCGGGUUCAAAGGUGACAUGGGCAUCAUGGGAGACAGGGGCGAUAACGGAGCUACUGGAUCUCGUGGAGAGGAUGGACCAGAGGGGCCAAAGGGCCAAGGAGGACCCUUGGGAGAGUCAGGAUCCUUGGGGAUAGCUGGCGAGAAGGGUAAACUCGGCGUGCCUGGAUUGCCAGGAUACCCAGGAAGACAAGGUUCUAAGGGAUCACUUGGCUUCCCUGGCGGUGCCGGGGUCUUGGGGGAGAAAGGACGAAGGGGUCCCGCUGGUCAGCCAGGGCCCGGGGGCCAAAGAGGUCCUAAUGGAGCUCGGGGGGGAAGAGGAGCGAACGGGCCCACUGGAAAGUCUGGAGAAAAGGGUUCUGCUGGACAAGACGGACCUCAAGGAUCCACCGGAGAACUGGGCCCCGGAGGACCACUGGGAAGAAACGGUGAACCAGGACCCAGAGGGCCUAAUGGUCCACCUGGGAAAGAUGGAUUACCAGGUCAUCCAGGCCAGAGAGGAGAACCAGGCUUCCAAGGCAAGAACGGACUCCCCGGCCCCUUAGGUGUUGUAGGACCACAGGGCAAUACUGGUGAGACAGGACCAACUGGAGACCGAGGCCAUCCAGGCUCACCGGGACCGCCGGGCGAGCACGGUUUACCGGGAUCUGCCGGAAAGGAGGGUGCCAAGGGAGACCCGGGUCCAUCAGGAGCCGCGGGGAAAAGUGGCCCUGCUGGGCUGCAAGGCUUCAGAGGGAGCCGAGGGAGCCCUGGUGCAACGGGUCCUGCAGGUCUGAAGGGAGGAGAGGGCCUACCCGGUGUUGCAGGCGCUAUUGGUGCCGGCGGAGAGAGGGGCCCCGCUGGGGCGGCCGGCGCUAUCGGCCAGCCAGGACGGCCCGGCGGCGUGGGCCCCGCUGGGCCGAUGGGAGAGAAAGGCGAGCCUGGAGAGAAGGGGCCUGUGGGGCCGGCUGGGCAAGACGGGGAACUGGGACCUGGUGGGCUGCCGGGGGCGGCAGGAUCUCCAGGGCCUCCGGGAGAGGACGGAGACAAGGGAGAGAUAGGAGGACACGGCCAGAAGGGCAGCAAAGGAGACAGAGGAGACUCUGGACCCUCAGGACCUGUUGGAAGUCAAGGACCUGUGGGCCAACCGGGACCAACAGGGGCAGAUGGUGAGCCGGGUCUUCGUGGGCAGCAGGGCAUGAACGGGGGGAAAGGAGACGAAGGACUCAGAGGCUUUAAGGGGGCAGCUGGUCCUUAUGGACUACAGGGAAUGCCAGGACCACCAGGGGACAAGGGAGAGAGCGGCCAUGUUGGCUCAAUGGGGCCUCCAGGACAGCACGGCCCUCGAGGCCCUCAGGGGUCCAUCGGUGGAGAGGGCACACCUGGACUGACUGGUGGAAUCGGCCAGCCCGGACUUGUUGGAGAGAAGGGUGAGGACGGAGAAGCUGGAAACCCUGGUUCAGUUGGAGAGACUGGCAUUCCUGGUGGUAAAGGUGACGUGGGGGAAAAGGGUGACUCUGGCCCAUCCGGUGCAGCUGGGCCUCCAGGAUCCAGAGGAACACCAGGCGAGGACGGAUCCAAAGGCCACAUUGGCCCUAUCGGAUUCCCCGGAGAUACAGGACCUCCUGGAGAAGCUGGCGCCAAUGGAGUAGACGGUGGACCGGGGCCUAAAGGAGACAAUGGAGAAUCUGGCAAAGCAGGACCUCCAGGAGCCUCUGGAGAGCCAGGUCCUUCAGGACCUCCUGGACGGAGGGGUCAUGUAGGUGAGGCAGGAAAAGAAGGGAAGCAAGGCAUGAAGGGAACCAAGGGGACGACAGGAACCCUGGGUCGAGCGGGUACCGUAGGCCCAGCGGGACCCCAAGGGCAGCCAGGGAGGUCUGGCCCAGAUGGUCUUCGAGGCAUCCCAGGUCCCGCGGGUGAGCAAGGGUUAACUGGUCCACUAGGACAAACUGGACCACCAGGACCACUAGGGCCACCAGGACUUCUAGGAUUAAAAGGAGACCCUGGAACCAAGGGAGAUAAAGGUCACGGUGGGUUGAUCGGUCUAAUUGGCCCCCCAGGAGAAUCUGGCGAGAAGGGAGACCGAGGCCUGCCAGGGAUCCAGGGUACACAUGGGUCUAAAGGAGAUGAGGGUACAGGUGGCUCACGUGGUUCCAACGGCCCACUGGGACCCCCUGGACUGUCAGGUGCAGCUGGUGAGAAAGGAUCGAAGGGGGAAUUGGGUACCGUUGGUCCCAGAGGAGACCCAGGCGCUGCUGGACCCCCAGGAGCCCCAGGACCCCCUGCCACAAUGAUCGAGCCCCUGCCUAUGAGGGGGGGCAGGUGGAGGAGGAAAAGCGACUCCGAUCAGGCAGCCCCGUCCAGGGAGGAGGAUGCAGACUUCCUCCAGGGAGAUCAGCCUCUGGAGGACGCUGAGGGAAUGGAAGAAGUCUUUGCCACCCUAGCUUCCAUGAAAACAGACGUAGAGGUGAUGAGGAAUCCCCUGGGAACCUUUGAGAGCCCUGCCCGGACCUGCAAGGAGCUCAUGAUGGUCCAACCUCACUACAAAGACGGAGACUACUGGAUUGAUCCUAACCAGGGCUGUCACCGAGACUCCAUCAAGGUCUACUGUAACUUCACAGCUGACGGGGAGACAUGUCUCUACCCUGACAAGAGGAUUGAGAAUGUGAAAUUAGCACCGUGGAACAAAGAGAAGCCAGGAAGCUGGUACAGCCAAUUCAGGAAAGGCAAGCAGUUCACCUACAAUGACAGGGAUGAGCUCCCUGUGCAUGUAGUUCAGCUGACCUUCCUGAAACUACUGAGCGCCACGGCCAAGCAGAGCUUCACCUACACCUGCCAGAACUCGGCGGGCUGGUUCGACAGCGCAUCCCGUUCCCACCAGCACGCCCUCCGCUUCCGAGGCAGCAACGACGAGGAGCUGACGCAAGCCAAAAGCCCCUUCAUCGAAGCAGUGCAUGAUGGAUGCCAGUCCCGCAAAGGUCAGGAGAGGACUGUUCUAGAGAUUGACUCCCCCUUGGCAGAGCUGCUACCCAUUAUAGAUGUGGCUCCGGCAGACUUUGGCAACGGCAACCAGAAGUUUGGAUUCCAAGUUGGACGAGUAUGCUUCAAUGGUUAACAUCUUGCCAACAA